AUGGGGGGAAACCCCAAUAAAUAUCUCUGCAAUCUCACCCAUAGGGAGACAGGUAGCUUAUAUGAGGCCCUGAACUACCAUGGCCUUGUCAAAAAAGAGAUAGAAAAACAGCCAGGCAAAGAAAUGCUGGUGUGUGGCAAAGAAGGAACAGAAGGGUACAUAAACCUCGGUAUGCCCCUCUGUUGUUUUCCACAAGGCAGCCAUGUGGUCAUUACAUUUUCCGAAACUGAAAGUGAGGAGAAAAAAAAUAAUGAAGUGUGUGGCCGCUUUGACCAGUCAUCUGCUGAGUGCGUUGUAUUUUACAUUCAUGCAGUCGGGAAUAGGGAGCAAAGGAUUCUUAGGUGUAGGGAACUUCACGAGGAAGGUACCAAACUCUGUGUCUAUGGUUUCAAGGGAGAGACCAUCAAGACCACUCUGAGGAAGGAUGGCAGAUUUUGCUCCUUUGUAGAGAGUGACCAUUGGAAACUCAUUAAUAAUGACACCAUCAUAGAAAACAGCCAGCCAGUAGAUGUGUUAGAGGGUAAGCUCUUUCAGAUUGAUGUUGAGAGAAAGGAGAGCUCUUGGGAAGCAGCAAGAACUCAGAAAUCUGAGGUAGAGGACAGAAACAUCAGUGAGUUGAAAGGAUACAUUGUGAAUUUGUACCCCACACUGACAGGAGAGCGGGAGAAAGUGAGAGCAUGUAUCAAGGAAAAAUGUGAGAAUAGUAAAGAAGAGUCUCUUCUCGAAGCCUAUAAGAGGAAGUUCAGUGAAGUUGCGAAAAGCUCUAUUUCAAAUCAAAUGCUCAAACUUCUUUCAUGCUUCAUGGAUUCCACUGGGCUCAUAGUUUGGGACAAUAAUGGGAACAGCGGUAGAGCCACUUGCUUUGUUUUCAGAGGGUUGUACAUUUUCACUUGUCGACAUGUAUUAAAUGACAUUGUGGGAGAAGGAAGAGAGCCAAGUAAGUGUCUAGAUCUAAUUAGCCAAUGUGUAAGGGUGACAUUUGAUGACGAAUACUCUGAAGAGCCAACCUCAAACUUCAAUAGUUGCUUUCACAUCGAACCUUGGCUUCUCAUAUCUGAUGACACUCUUGACUAUGCUGUCCUGAAACUGAAGGACAAUGGUCAACAUGUGCCUGCUGGACUGUAUAAUAAUGGAAUAGCUCUUGUACUUCCCAGUGAGUUGAUAUACAUGAUUGGCCAUGAAAAUGGAAACAAGGUUUUUGACCGUUGUGCAGUGGUCACUCAAGGUAAAGGAAAAGAGAAGAGUCAGCAAUUUGUUCAUGGAACAGAAGCAGCAGGGCACAGCCAUCAUUCUAAGUUCCUGCAUAUGUGUACAAAAAGAAGUUUCCAAGAAAUGAAUGUCAAGCCUAAUGACUUUACCUAUAAUAUUUUUUAUAAUGGCUCUUCUGGAUCUCCACUAUUUGAUUGUAAAGGUUCUCUAGUAGCCAUGCAUACUGUUGGCUUCAUUUGUGAGCAUGAAAGCGGAGUUUAUAAUGUUAUUGAGGUUGCCAUAAAGAUGGAAUCCAUCCUUGCUGAUAUUAAGCGAAAACAUGAACUAUGGUAUGAUGAUGUUUGUGUAAAGCAGCAGGAUGUUGAAAUGUGCAGUGAAGAGUUUACAGGUCAGGAGGAUGUUGAAAUGUGCAGUGAAGCCUAUACAAAUGUAUUUAAACAGGAAAUAAAAAUGUGAAGAGUUUUGAAGGUUGGAGAGUAUUUGUUUCCGUUUUCUCUCUUUAAGAGAUUUGGGUAUUUAAAGGCAAUACUAUGUUUUUCCGACCUUCAAAGCGUUCAUUUUAAUG